AAAAAAUAUUAUAGGACAUUAUUACACAAAUUGACUAAGUCCCACAGUAAGCUCAAUAAGACUUGUGUUGAGGGUACUUAGACAACGAUAUAUACAAUAUAUAAAUAUUUAUAAAUACUUAAAUACAUAGAAAACACCCAUGACUCAGGAACAAAUAUCCAUGCUCAUCACACAAAUACAUGCCCUUACCAGGAUUUGAACCCGGGACCAUCAGCUUCGUAGGCAGGGUCACUACCCACUAGGCCAAACCGGUCGUCAAAUACACUACCUACUUUAAUAUAUGGGCAAUAAAGUCGUACAAGAGCCACAAAUGUUGAUUUGACUGGUCUAAGUCUUAAAAUUUGUAAAGUGGGCUAAAUUGAAAACCAUUUCGGUAAAUAUGCUUCCUGUAUGCAAUAAGUAAGUUUUUUUCGAUUAAUUUCUUUGAAAAUCGCGAACAAGUUAAACUGAAAGAGUGACGUCAUUACUAUGGCUGGGUAAUUUUGAUGAGCCGGAAUUGUAGGUCUUUAAAGUCGCAAGGGUUUGCUGACACACGAGCGAGAUAGCUUAGCUCUACGUCAUGCCUAUCACGGCAGUCGCGCGCAACUUGUGCUAUUCCUGCCUACUAAUUAAGAAAAAUAAGGUUAUUCUAUGUAAGUAUAUUCUUCACGUCUAGAAGCCUUAUUAUUUGUCAAAGAGUUACAGAAAAAAAAUCUGUCAAAUAUGAAGUGUGUCAUAUGAGUAAAGUUGAUGAAAAUCUACAAAAUUCUUUGUUUUGUAUAAGUAUUCUUUAACAUGUUUUCAUAAAAUAAAUUGUAAAAAAAUCCCAAAAUGGCAGACAACGUAGAAUUCGAUGAGUGGUGUGACCCGGCGAAUCCUCGCAAAAUUAAAGCUGAAGACAUCAUAGCAGCCGCAAGACGCAUCGUUGGAUCCGUUUUGAAAACUCCUUGUUCGAGGGCAAACAUGGGCGAGAGACUAGGCUUAGAAAUGUAUUUGAAACAAGAAUUUCUACAAUAUACUGGAAGUUUCAAGGAGCGUGGUGCACGCAACGCUCUUAUGAAUCUGACAGAUGACCAGAAGAAAAACGGCGUGAUCGCAGCAAGUACCGGAAACCACGGGCUGGCAUUGAGCUGGCAUUCUACCAACCUCGGUAUCCCCUGCAUCAUUGUAAUGCCAAAAAAUGCCGCCAUUGUCAAACGGGCUAAAUGCGAGACGUACGGUGCCAAGGUCCUCCUUCACGGCGUCAACAUUGGAGAGGCUAAACGUUUUGCUAUGGGAAUUUCUAAGGAGAAGCAUAUGAUGUAUAUUAACGGUUACGAUCACCCGAACAUAGUAGAAGGACAGGGUACUAUCGGGCUGGAGAUUAUAGAGCAAAUUCCCGAGAUAGAAGCGAUCCUUGUGCCCGUGGGCGGUGGGAGCCUGUGCGCCGGCAUCGCCACCGCUGCCAAACACCUCAAGCCUGACGUCGAGAUAUAUGGUGUUUGCACUGACAAAUGUACCACAAUGGUGGAGUCGUUAAAAAAUAACGAAAGAACUGCCGUACCCAUUGAUUCAACUAUCGCCGACGGGCUCGGUGUGCCUCUCAUCGGAGUCAAUACUUUCCACAGUUUAAAAGGUCUACUCGAUAAAAUGGUCGUAGUAAAAGAGGAUUGGGUAGCUCGAGCCAUCAUGCACAUCGUAGAGGAAGAGAGGUUCGUAGUGGAAGGAGCGGGUGCCGUGGCCAUUGCCGCUAUCAUGGCGGGCCUCUUUCCCAAUCUCAAAGGAAAAAAGGUAUGCUGCAUCUUAUCGGGAGGCAACAUCGACACGUCGAUCCUGGCGCGCGCGCUGGAGCGGGGUAUGGCUGCCGAAGGUCGGCUGGUCAAGAUGAAGGUGACGGUGAGCGAUCGACCGGGCGGCUUAGCGGAGCUGUGCCAGAUGAUGACAGCGAUAGGAGUCACUGUGCGAGACUGUGUGCCUGAGCGCGCUUGGGUCAAGGGAGAUGUAUUCAGCGUUGCGAUGAAACUUAUAGUAGAAACAAGAGGAUGGGACCACACAAAAGAGCUUAUUGAAGCUACCAAAAAGAACUAUAAGGAAUACUACUUCCAUGAAAUGAAUGAGACGGACAAGCCAGCCGGCUCGCGCCGCGGGCCCUGCCUCGCGCCGCACCCUGUUUGUAUGCAGAAGUAACCUAAUGAAAUUAAAAAAAAAAAAGUUGAUAUAUCUGAAAUUAAACUUCCGACUCAAUGGCAUAUACUGCCUACUACUUUUACUAUACUACGACGACGUUAUAGUAUCUAUUUCUGAAGAAUAACAUCUGCGUUGAGUUC